UGCGCACUCAGCGCAGGUAUCAUCCGGGGCCUGACGCCAUAAUCCGUCUAUUUUCGCCCUGCUGGGAACGGCACAGCAUAAACACAGCAUUUGAUUACAAAGCGUAACUUUCCUAGAUAUGUUGUCGCGGUCAGUUCGAGCCGAAACCCGGAGCAGGGCCAAGGAAGACAUCAAGAGAGUGAUCAAUGCCAUAGACAAAGUGCGAAAGUGGGAAAAGAAAUGGGUUACUAUUGGUGACACAACCAUGAAAAUAUUCAAAUGGGUUCCAGUGACCAGUUCAGAACCAGCACAGUCUAUCCAGGGUGUCCGAAAAGUUGGAAACAUCAAAACUGGCCGUCCUGGGAAGAAGGGAGAUAAAGAGAAUGUCAAAGAUCUGACAAAUGGUAAUUCUGUCUACACAGAGAAAACACUCAAGCUUCAACUGGAUCAUUUGGUAGUAAUAGUAAUUCUAAAUGAAGAUUCAAACAUGUCGUUCCCUGAAAACUCAGAGAACACAAUGCCAGAAUACUCACAGGAUUCUAAUGAUGCCGACCCAGAGAUGAGAGUGGCUAUGAGCAUGGUGAGAGAAGAAGAGAAGCGACUAAAACAGGAAAGUCCCAGCGAGGAGACAAAUGACUCUGAGCCCCCAGUCCUAGAGCCAGAAACAUCUCUUGACGGUCCUCCAGUCAAAAGAAUAAGGCCAGAUCAGAGCUGAGAAUCAUACAGGCUGUAACAAACUGUCAACAGUUCUAUUGUUUUAAUUUGUUUGUGUUUUUUUAACUAGUUGUGUGAAUGAGGGAGGAAAUGCUCAUGCUACAGCCAACAUUUGUUCAGAUGGGAAAGAGAGAUGUGAUAUGUAAGCAGUGAAUGUUUGUCAGUUGUUAUGUUGAGACUAGAAAUGUAUGUACAAGGAAAUAUACUUGAAAUAUGGUUUGUUAGAAGUGCAAUUUAAAUUUUUUGAAAGGCUUUUGUUUUGUUUUUAAGAACAGGAGGUGAAACUGAUAUCUGUUUAAUAAGACUUCUCUUUCUGUACUUAAAUAAGCAGAUUUGUUUAAUAUUACAGUACAAGCGCAAUUCUAAAGAUCACUAGAAAGUAUUUGCAGAUAGCUUAGAAAUCCAUGAAGAAAAACAUUGAGCUUUUAAAAAGAUCUUUUUCGGCAAAAUUAUGCCAUUAUCUUGCAAAAAGAAACUGGCUUUUUACAUGAGCAAAAAAAUUUUGCUUUUAAUGCCUUUUUAUCAGGCAGGUGCUACAAAUUAUGUUACUACAUUGUAGCACUGAUCUUCCAUUAUCAAGUGGGUAAUUAAGAAAAAGAACAAGACAAUUGAAAUACAAUUUGAAAACUUUUUUCACCAAAUGAAGAUUGAAAAGAGCAGAAUUUUUGAACACUGUACACAAGGAUGGACAAGCUAUGCCAGUUGAUUUUCUAGCAGGCUCUUUCUGCAGAACUUGCUUCCAUGAAGCAGAAGUGCUGUCACUGGAAGGUGCAUUGUAUGUGCGGAAUAGUGAUUAUUAAGAGCCACCUUAGUGCAUUCUGGCUUCCUCAAAAACACAUCAAACAUUUUAGCAGUUUCUUUUUUUCUCUAGGGUAGGCUUAGUAAAAGCCAUGCUUAUUAAAAAGUAAACAAUGACAGAAAAAAAAAUCCAAACUGUAGCAGAUAGUUCUACCUUAUACUUAUGUUAAAGCUGAAAAGUGCAUAUGUGACUUUGCUAAAAUGUUUGACAUGGGAGAUUGUGCUGUCUUGGUGUGGCGAGUUGUUUCCUAUCCCUCACUGAUUUUCUCAGUGCAGUUCAAUAUACCAGUGCUUUACUUCGUAUUUCACAGUUCAGAACAUUUUAUGCAGGUCUCCUGGCACAAUCCUUUCACUGGAUUUGGCUAAAGUCCUUGGCAUUUUUUUUAAAAUGCAGAAAGCCUUUUCACAUCACUGCCUUAUUUGCAUAAUUAUACUGGAGAGGCUCUUGCUUGUAUUGCGCCUUACUUGAAAGAGAUGCUUUUUCUUUGACUUUCAUUUCCUUAUUCUCUGGCAAGUAGUGUUGGGAGUUUUAGAAUCAACAACUAAAGAAUGUUUUCUUGGCACAGUAAACAUACAGAUAUGAAUGUUGUGCAAAACUAGCAUUAUUUACAUCCUUUGACACCUCCCCCCCCUCAGAUUUUGUUUUCAGAAUUAAGGCAACAGAAAUUCUUAAUGAUUAACAUGUUAUUUUGGAUAAGGGGUCAUUAUUUAUAGAAGAGGACAACUGAAAGAUGAAUGUCUGCUUGCUUUGUAAAGUGUUCUUACUUUUCUCCUUCCAAACAACAUUAAGCAACCAAUCCAGCAUAUUACUGCUUGUUUGUGAUCAUUCACAUCCAUUGGCCACAAAGUUUAUAGAGGCAAUCCUGUGUGGGAGAGUUUGAACAGGGAAGAUAGUUUAAAUGUACAUCUGAUGUGUUAGCUUUUUCAAUAAUUCAUUAAUGGACAUGUUAUCAGCAUAGUCUGAAAUUAUAAGAUACUAAUGAAUCAUUUUAGACUAUCCUUUCUUCUAUAUUCAAAGUUGAUGCAUAAGUAGAGCACAAGAGAAAUUCAAGUUGAAGUACACAGUUUAGGGAAUAGGAACUGUUUUCUUUCUGCUUAUACACAUGUACAUAUAUAUAUAUUUACACUUGUGAGUGCACAUAUACCUACUUAUUUUAGUGUACAAAACCAUACAGUAUAGAAUAUUGAGUUGAUGUAGCUCUUACAGGAAUAUGUUGAGAAAAUAUUAGCUAUUUUCUGUGCAGUUGUCUUAGUCUGAGAUAGCCAGUGAGAGAAUUGAUUUCAAAAAGCUAAUUCUCGUUUUGUAAUUUUUCUAUAAGCAUUUUCUUUGUCAGCUAGCAGGAAUUAAAAAUUUCACUUUUAAAACAUCUGUAAAUCAUGUUUUUAUACAACUGCUUUUUUGUUUGCCGAGUUGAUAAUGAAUGUAUUUUGGCAAAUGCUUUAAGAACUUGGUUGUGCAGUUUUAACAAAAGCAAGAUAUUUCUGUAUGUGAGGAUUUUCAUUUAAUGAUUCAGUUUAGGAGUGAUUGCUGCAGUAUGUGUUUGAUUGUGUCAGCAGCACCGGGUGUACAUUUAUAAAGAGCGAGAUGAGUUAACAUUUUGCACAAAAUAACAGCCUUUUGCUCAGAA